AAUUAUCCAGCAGCUGGUCAAUGGAAUUAUUGCACCGACCACAAUUCCAAACCUAGGCCUGGGCCCUUGGGGAGUCCUGCACUCAAACCCGAUGGACUAUGCCUGGGGCGCCAACGGCCUGGAUGCGAUCAUCACGCAGUUACUGAAUCAGUUUGAAAACACUGGACCACCGCCAGCAGACAAAGAGAAGAUCCAGGCCCUCCCCACCAUACAGAUCACACAGGAGCACGUAGAUUCCGGGUUGGAGUGCCCUGUGUGUAAGGAAGACUACACAGUUGGGGAGAAUGUGCGGCAGUUACCGUGCAAUCACCUGUUCCACGACGGCUGCAUAGUCCCCUGGCUGGAGCAGCAUGACACGUGUCCUGUCUGCCGGAAAAGCUUAAGUGGACAAAACACUGCCACAAACCCCCCAGGACUCACGGGAAUGAACUUCUCAUCCUCCUCCUCCUCCUCUUCAUCCAGCUCACCGAGUAAUGAAAACUCAUCGAACAACUCAUGAAUCUUAACGCACCCUCUGUCCCCGGGGCCCCCACUGUCCCCUCCCCCCCCCGGCCACCGCCAGCAGCCAAAGGCUUCCAGAGCAGAGCGAGGGGAGGGGACCAGGGGGAGCAGCACCCCCAGAAUUCCCUUUUGAGUUCUGAAGACACGGAGACUCUGGGCCCUUCAGAGAUGAGAAGUCUCAAGUUCUGUGAUGACAAAGGGGGGAAAAGAGCUCUGUC